AUGCAAAGUAAAUCUAAUCAUUGUGAAAUUAUGCAAGCAUGUGUAUCAACUUUAUUUUUACUAUUACUGACAUUAGAUAAUUGUAUGGGGUUUAAAGCCAGUAGUACUAGUUUAAUUGAAAACAUUGCAUCUAAUAAAGAGAUUAAGGUUGGAAAUACUGAUAAUAAUGUUGCAGGCUAUUUUGAGCCGAAAGUAUUAUAUAUAACAUUACCAAUAAUAAUUGGAUUGAUGAUAUUAAUUGCACUAUUAGCAGAAUGUUUUGGGGAUGGAUUUGAAUUUCGAAGGAGAAGGGAUUCUUUAUUACCAGAAAUAGUUAAACGAAAGAAGAGAGCUUCAAUAUAA